UCAAGAAGUCGUUCACAGCCACGUCACCAUAAUUAGCUUACGAAGAUCGUCGUCACCACCAUCCACACGCUGUAUACUAGCGUGCCGAGAUAAGUGAAGGUUCAUUGACGAACGAGUGAUUGGAAAAUAAUAACAGAACACCCACCACCGAAUGCAGUUUUCGAAAUAGCCAUUUUCGCCGUUUUGUACCUGACUAAGAGUCGUAAAAAUGUGGAAUAAAAGGAGAAAAAUCGAAGGGAGCGAAUUUUUCGAAGAAUCAGGCACUGCUGGUUCCGAUGCUUUAUCCAAAACCGCUGGUCAGAAUCAAUCCAUCGAUGAUCCGAUUCAAUCCACCGGUGGUCCAAGUCAAUCCACCAGUGGUCCAAGUCAAUCCGUUACUCUACAAUCAACUUCACAAUCUGACUAUCAUCAUGCAGGCGGCUCCCACUCAGAUGGUUCAAAUCAAUCUGCUGCGCCACCAUCGACUGUUGGUCUGAGUCGAUCCGAAUCUGGGCCAAGUCCAGCCACCGAUAGUCCGACAAUUGUCAAUACCGCUGGUCCGAGUUCAAGUCGCUCCACCGCUGACGAUUACGUACCACGUUCACGAACAAUAAUGGAGCCCACCAAGGAUACAGUCGACAGUGGCCGCUAUGCAUGGGGUGGCAAUACUGGAAAUCAUGGCAACAAAUACGAAGAAGAUUUAGCAUUUGCGCUGUUUCAGCGAGCAUCUUUGCGGAAAUCUGAAUUCAAACUUGCCUCUGAAAUGAAGGACGCUGGAAAAUUCGAUGAUGUGGUCAUAUUUUUCGAAGAACCGAAGGAAGUGUGGUUGUUCCAAGCCAAACACAACGACAGCUCAGAUGGUUCAAAACCAAUAUCGUUCAACAAUUUGUUUCCAAAGACGCGUAAGGAAAAUUAUGAUUUUGCUAUUAUCAAGUACAUACAGUCCUAUUUAGACGUUAUUCAAAAAGAUGAGUUCAAGGGGUUGAAGAUGCGAUUUUUUAUCCUAACCAAUAAAUCAUUAGACAAUAGCAAUAGUCAGCUAAGAGAGUUGGUGGACAUCGAGGUCUGUGAACAAAGUGAAGUGAACCCAAUAAUGAAGUUUGCUGAAUCGGACGAUUGCUACAAAAGAUUCAGACCAAAAAAGGAUAAAAUUGAAGAUUUACUGAAGUUGAUGAACACCGAACUACAUGCCAUUAGGGAUGCGAUCAUUGAACUCUUCAAAAGUGGAAAAGUUUCGGAAAUACUAAUCAACUACAAAACACCGUUGCAGAAGAUCCUGGAAGUUUCAGCUAUCAACACAUACACCAAUCACGGCGGCGAGAUCUUCUUCCGACCAUCUACCACAGUCCAAUCGAUCCGAUAUGCUAACUAUCAGAGCUCGAACGCUAUCAAUGAUAACGCUACCAAGGGGGACUGCCGGCAGCAAAAGUCCGGAGCAUUCUCGGUUAACGUGCAAAAAGGUAACGAAAGCGGUGGAGCAAACAGCGAAUCCGUGUGGAAGGAAAUCGCUUCAGAUAGAAACAGUGCUGCCGCGGCCGGAGCCAAUCCAUCUCAAGCUGCUGAGUAG